AUGGAUAGGCAAAGUAAGGACAACGCCGAUAUUAAGAAAGUACUGCUCGACGACAUGCCUGCCACCCUUGCACUGUCUAAGACUGACGAGUAUGAAUAUUGUUGCGGAAUAAGACCAUGGCGCCCUCGGUGUCUGCAAGUUUUCGCAAAGGCUCAUUUUGCAGUUACCGGUCUUGUGAUAGGAACACUAUGCAUGACUUUAAAUUUUGCUGCAAUGUCAUCUGCUUUAAACAAUUGGGAGAAACGCUACAGUUUACCCUCCACUACAGUUAGUCUUGCAUUCACUGUCAUGGACGUAGCCAAGUUGUUUCCACUAAUUCUAAUAACCUACAUAGGUGGUAGACCAGAUACCCACAGACCCAGAUGGAUAGGAGGUGGUAUGAUAAUCGGAGGGAUAGGACUUCUUAUUGUCAGCAGUCUGCAAUUCAUGUCUGAACCUUAUCAGUACGGCGUCUUCAACGGAAAAAAGUCGAUGAAACUAUGCAGUGCCCGGGAAGAAUAUUCUUUAAAUGACACCAUUGGAUGCAAUGAAGAGACUAUGCAUGGGGUUCAGCUUAAAUUGUUACUUCUGAUACUCACUGGAAUAAUCAUGUUUGGCAUUGGUCUGUCUCCACUCUUCACUCUUGGGAUCACAUAUAUUGAUGACAUUGUUCCCAAGAAUAAGUCCCCGUUCUAUAUAGGUUUAAUGUUUUCAAUGCAUGCACUGGGACCACUCAUAGCUUUCCCGAUAUCAUCUGCCUAUAAUAACAUGUACGUAGAUUUUUAUCGCGUCAAUACAUCGAUGAGCGAAAUCAGUCGACACGAUCCACGCUGGGUCGGUGCUUGGUGGCUCCCUUUUGUUAUCAAUGGUCCAUUGUGCAUUAUUGUUGGAAUAUAUAUUAUGCUUCUUCCGAAAAAGAUUCACGCUAAGGUUGGAACUAUAGGUAGCCCAAAUCAAGAAGUCGUUGUAAAUAACACUAUAUCACUUAUUUUGAACAAGACGCUGAAAGAUCUGCCACAGGCGCUGAAACGACUCGUUUAUAAUAAGACUUACAUGGCAGGGAUGAUGGCACGUAUAGUCGAUACGGCCGUGGUAGCGGCAUUCGCGCCUUUUAGUGUUAAAUACAUACAUGACCAAUUCAGAGUUCCUAUGGCAAUUGCUGGAUUCCUUGUUCCUUUUGCAUUUGUUAUACCAAGCGGACUUGGGAUACUCAUUGGAGGUAUACUCAUGCGGAAAUACAAACCAUCAUUAGUAUCUACAGCUAGAAAUGUUCUCCUUGUAGGUGUUCUGGUUGUACCACUUCCUAUCAUAAUGAUCUUUAUUGGUUGUGAUAAUUAUAGAUUUGCUGGCAUCAAUACAGAAUACGCAGUUAGAAUAUAUAGUAAUAGUAGCAAUGUGAACAAUGUAACUUCCUGUAACUCUGAAUGUAUAUGUCAAGAUGAUGUUUUUGAUCCGGUAUGUGGAUCAGAUGGAAUUACGUACCUUUCACCAUGCCAUGCAGGAUGUCAAUCAUUGAAUUCCCCAAUACCACAUGCAAAGAAUUACACUGAAUGCACGUGUACAGGCAAAACUAUCAGUGAUAUGCCUAGUAGAAUCAGUUCUGCUUUUACAAGUAGUCAUUCCCUGAUGGAUAGUAACAGUUUUGAUAACUAUACAGAGACGUACAACAAUACAAUGAAUAACGGAUCUGCAUAUCUUCCCAAUGAGGACGAUAUAUCAACACUUGGCUAUGCUAGGACUGGUAUAUGUGGAGAAGAAUGCAAUCAAAAUGCGAUAGUGUUUGUUAUUGUAUUCUGCCUUUUUAGUUUUGUCGGAUUCCUUCCUGCAACAAUGUCUAUAGAACUUAUUCUAAGGUGCGUUGACCCAGCAGAUAAAACGCUUGCACUAGGUGUAAAAGUUGUGCUUUCUACGUUAUUAGUUUGGAUACCAACGCCCAUGUUUAUCGGAGCAACCAUUGAUUCCACGUGUGUAUUUUGGGAAACGACAGCAUGUGGCGAUGAGGGCGCUUGUUGGGUACAUGAUAUACCGCAAUAUCGCAUGAAAUACAUGCUAGUACUAUUAGCUAUCAAGGUCAUUGGUCUAAUCUUCAAAGCACUCACGUGGUGGUUGUUUAGGAAUCAUGAGAAUGGAGAUAAGAAGUAUGAUAACGCACCAAUAAACAACCCUGGAAAUGAAACUUAUUUUUAA